AUGAGAAAUACUUUUCUUGAAACAUUAGUUUCUUUUUUUCUGCUGCUGCCCGAGUUCUCAUCUGCUCGUCUAUCCUCCUCAUUAUUGUGCACUUCAGUGCUCUCCAGCCCUCUUUGACAGGCUUUGAAACAGGACAGAGAACUGGCCGGUGUGUGAGAAUCUGUGCACGUACCCAAAAAAAGAGGCGACUGUUGGCUGGCAGCAGCUCCGCUCCGCCUUUGUCUUUCUCUCCACGCUGAAGUCAUUAGACGGGAUAAAGAGUUUUUUGUCUUCCCCGAGGAGCAGCAGCGAGCAGGAAAAAUGUGGCUACCUAAAACAGAUAGAUUGCGUGUGUGUGUGUGCAAGAGCGUACAUGUGUGUUCAAGCAAUUCAAUUACAAAACCCCUUACUUUGUGCUUUUUUUUCUUGUUCAUCCACACUUCCUGCCUGAUUCAACAUUUCCACCUCAUCCUUCUCGUGCCUUCCUGAUCCUGUCAGUAGUUGCUCACCAUUUCUUUCCCCCCCCCCCUGCUCUUUCACUGGCUGUCGUCGUCCUGUACGUUUGUGAAUGGCGUGUUUUGUCCGUGGACCUGUCUUCAUCUGUGAGACUGUAUGUACAGUGAGGCUAGCCCGGCCCCCGUGUGUCAGGCUUGUCGGGAGAAAAGUUAUGGGAGGCCUUUCAGCGGAUCAGCAAAGGCUGGACGGGGUCACGGCAGAGUAGUGACCUUUGGGGGCGUGACUGAGAUCGAGCACCCGGUAGAGGCAGUCAUGUCGAGUGAAGGGGAGGAGACAAAGUUGCUUAGACGGCUCCUUUCCAAGGCAACUGUAGCCAUGCCUACCAUUGGCCUGGGCUCCCAGCUUUCAGAGCGGGAAGGCAGCCAGGUAGAUGGAGCUGACACAAGCCAAACUGCCCCUCCGUGGACCCCCGAGGCCACACCCACCCCCGCUGAGAUAGAUGCUCGCCUGGCUCAGUAUGUGCAGAGGACAGAGGAGGAAGAGGAGGAGGACGAGGAGAGAAUCCCAGAUCUCCAGAAAGACGACAUGAUGGCCAGGAGAACUGGAGUUUUCCAUAAACAAAACACGGCCACAGUGACUUACAACCGUUUCCUGCCUCUGCCCGCCUCCCAGCGGGGCGACGUGGUCACAGACGCUCCUCCGUGCUACAAAAAGGAAGUGCAGGCAGACAAGAGCAAGAAAGUGGACAUCAGACGGGAUCAGCAGCAGCAACCUCGAUUUUCCAUGGAAACACCUCAGCAGCAGCAGCAGCAGCUUCAGACGACAGUGAUCCGAGGAACGACUCACAGCGACCCUGAUUACAGUGAAAAUGAGGAUGAGUAUGGUGAGAACGAGCCUGUGCCUGACCUGGAGAAGGACGAUAUGAUGGCUCGGAGGGCCAGACUGUCCCAGAAAGCCAGUGCGCCCAGAGCGAAUCAGUUCCUUCCUGUUCCCGGAUCAGUAAAAUAUUCCAUCAGCCCAGUGUCUCCGAUGAAGCCGCUUCACAACAGACCUAAACUCGCAGAAAAGAUGAGCAAUGAAAGCAGCCAUGUCAAGGUGACAGCAGAGCCUCCAUCCCUGCCCCCCAAAGCCCCGCUUAGCCCGACGCGUGGAGAGCCGAGAGCGAAGCAGGAGGAAGUGAAGGAGGAAGAGCGAGAAAAGCCCGUCAUGAGAAUCCCUGAUGCCACUGAACCUCUGCCUUCUUCCUCUCUCAACCCUCCACCCUGCUCUCCUUCUGCCUCCUUCUGUACGGUGGGGGCAGAUGUGAAAGAUCAGAGAAAGGAAGAGAAAGAUGAGGUGAAAGAAAGGAAAAAGGAUGUAAAUGAAAACGCAGGAAAGAGGCCCGUCUGGCUGGAGCACGACGAACUGCCUCCCAUGAUGAUGAGCCGGCGAGUUGCUUUUUUGUCUGAGGACACUGAGAGUGUGAGUAUGAGCGACAUCCUGAAUGAGGACGAGGUGGGUCACCUACCGCCGCUGAGCCAGUCGCGAUAUGAGCGCAUGCACGAGCAGUACAACAGCUUCAAGGAAGAAGAGGACCACUGGCAGGAUGAUUUGGCUCGCUGGAAGAAUCGGCGCAGAAGCGCGUCACAGGAGUUGAUCAAAAAAGAAGAGGAGAGGAAAAGAAUAGAGAAAAGAAUGAAGGAGGAAGAGAAGAGGAAAAGCAUCAAGACCUACAAAGAGAUCGUGGAGGAAAAGGAGCGUAGAGAAGCAGAGCUGUGUGAAGCCUACAGAAAUGCAGCGACUCCAGAGGAGGCUGCCUUGGUUUUGCAGCGUUAUGCCCUCCGCUUCACCAUCAGCGAUGCAACACUGGACAGCCUGAAGCUGCCCAGAUCCACCUCAAAACCCAAACAGGACCUGAGUCCGGUGGUCCAGGAGCACAAAGUCACAUCUCCUGUCAUUAACUGUGAGACGGCAGACCUUCAUCACACGUCAGAAUCAGCUGUUAGUCCAGACCAGGAGGGCGCCAAACCUGAGAAGAUGGACACAACAGAUAAUAAAGAGAUUUCACACGUCAACUCCUUCAUCCCUCCGACACCAAACAGUCCCAUCUCAGCAGUCACAAACUCCCAGAACGUGCCACCUCAGUCUCUGCAGCUCAGUGAGCCGCAGACUCAGCAGACAGACUUUCCCAGCACACAUCAGAAAGAGCUGAUUACAGACGACGCACAGCUUCAGACCAAACACACUCAGGCCGAGACCCGGACGACCCCCACGCCGCCUGCACACACACUCCCCUCCCCUUCAUCCGUGACCUCCAGGCCCGUCCCCCUGCUGGCAGCCAAACCCUACUGCCAGCCCAAGAGCACGGCCGCCAGUCACAAACCCAUCAAGGUUGUGUCCCCUCAGAUGGACGGGCUGGUGCGGGUGAACGGAGAGACGACUGAGGAGUUACCCGUUUCAACUCCACCCACGUCCCUGAGCCAGUCGCUGCAGGACACCAAAGAAGUUUCCUCCAAACAAACAGAGGACGAACGUCCGCCAGAGGCGGUUGCAGAAAGUCCUGCAGGGACGGCAGAGGAGCGGCCGCCGCCUCCACAGAUGGAGAAACCCGCCCCAUCCUCAGGCUCCACCAUCAGCUCCCUGCUCGGAGGCCGGAACUGCAUCACAACAACCACCAUAGUGACUGAACUCACUCAGACUCAUGUGGAGCCGCUUCACCUGGACGUCCAAAGCAACGGACAGAUCGGUGCUGGUUUUUUGUUUGGAAAGUCAACGGAGGAAAAAACUGCGCAGCCAGCGGCAUCACCCGUCAGUAGUCAGGACUAUUCUCCCACCGUCACAGAAGGACUGGAGGAGAGCAGUGUGACUAUUGAGACCCCCAUGUUGAACUUGGCUAAACGUGUUAAUCACUGGGUCUGGGACCCCAAUGAGGAGCGUAAACGCUUGGAAAGGUGGCAGCAGGAGCAGGAGCGCCGCCUACAGGAGCAAUACGAGAAAGAACAGGAGAAGCUGAAGAAGGAGUGGGAGAAAGCCCAGCUGGAGGUAGAGGAGGAGGAAAGGAAACACAAUGAAGAGGAAAGACGGAUUUUGGAGGAGACUGUCACGCCCCUUAAUCCCACCGGCUUAUUGAACCAGCAGCCAGUAACGACUUCUCCACCUCCAGAAAACAACACCACAGCAGGAAAAACUGUUCCCCCGUUAAGCAACGGGCAAAAAAUCUCCACAAGUGGUGAAGACCAGCAUGCAUCCAAGCUCCAUUUUUUCCAGGAUUCUGCAUGUGAUGGGGAACCUUCAAAGAAGCAGGAGCUGUGGAAAACAGCCUCUCUGGACCGCAACACCCAGCAGAACCAGGGGCCGAAUGUUAAAAGAUCUGGAUCACACGAUAUUGUAACGAAUAAACAGCAGUCGUCUCCCUCGACGCCUCAGCCGCCCUCACCCAGCAGGUGUGUUAGUGGGAAGCGGCUCUGCUCCGGUUGUUCCCAGCCGCUGGGAAAAGGGGCGGCGAUGAUUAUUGAUACGCUGGGGCUGUUUUUCCACAUACAAUGCUUCAAGUGUGGAGUUUGUCACGGGCAGCUGGGUGAUGCUACUGCAGGGACGGACGUCAGGAUCCGCAACGGACUGCUGAGCUGUCAUGAGUGUUACAUUGCAUCCCGUGGCAGAGGCCAGCCCACCACUCUAUGAUGACCUUAUUUUAUCUCUGGAUCGUCACUGUCAUGACCGUCAGUGACUGGGCAGAAAACUAUUCUUGAACCUCGAUUCAUCACUUUCUGGAAAAGUCCUGGAAACUUUGGAAUGAUGUCGUCUAUUUUCUUGAAAUGCACAAACAGCUGCAGUGGAUGUUCAAAACUGAGAAACUGGAGUUUGUGAACUGAGCAGCACAACAACAUGCACAUACAGUACUAUUGAUGUACUCUGUAAACUGUUCACAUGUAUACACAUCUUUUUAUAUGUGUAGCAUGGAUGUAAUAAAAAACAACUAUGUAUGUUUAGGGCUUUGCACAUCUAUACAAUAUGCUUAAACAAGGGUCUGUUCUCUCUAACUAAAUAUGCUACAAAGCUAAACAAUAUUUUUAACACAUUAAUUUCCUUGUUUUGACUCAUUAACUCCUGCUUCUGCACUGAUCAUGUGAUGCAAAGAGGGUCGGGUUGGAUUACCUGAAGUAGCUUGACCAUUACAAUGCCUUACUCAUACCUUCUCUUUCAUUUUGGGUUUUUGUGUUUACAGUUUUGCAUGAAAAAAAGAGCAUAUAUAAGUUAUUGUGAGUAUUGCUCAGAUGGAUAGUGACUUAUUUUCUCCAAGGUGAAAUGAUAUCUUCCCAUAUGUUGUACAUCAUCUUGCUUAUUUUAUUUUUUUGUGGCGCCUGCUAACUUACAAAAGGUUUUUUCCUCAAACAAUGUUUUACAGGAAUAAGAGUGCAUGUUUUUACAUAAUAAUUGUUUGGAUUUUAAAUAUUUUCCCUAUAGGAUGUUUUAGCCAUUGUUUCUUCUCCAAAACUGCAUCAGUCAGUGCCUUAUGUAACGAAUGUGAGGGGGAGCGUACUGUUACGUGCAGGAGGAUUUCACACUCACAGUGACCUCUGGGUCUCAGCACAUUGUGUGUGUGUGUGUGUGUGUGUGUGUGUGUGUGUGUGUGUGUGUGUGUGUGUGUGUGUGUGUGUGUGUGUGUGUGCGUGCGUGCGUGCGUGCGUGCGUGCGUGCGUGCGUGCAUGCGUGUGUGAUUCGACUUGAAGCACAGUUCCAUACCAGCAAAAAAGCGAAUUAAAUGGAUCAGCUUCCCCCAAUCACCGGCUGUUCUUCAGCUUCUUCCACUGAACUAAACCAAUGAGACAAAGUUAUUUGCUGCUUCCCUGGUAAUUUCCCAUCAAACUGAUCGUAAUUCACAUAUCCUGAAACUUUUCCCUGUCUGUGUCUAUUACAAGUGUUGCCUCUCAAGAAUAAACUUUUCCUCUCCGCUGCACCUCCAUCUAGACAGCUGACAGCAUCUUCAUUUCUCAGAGGAAUAGAGCUCAGUCUGUGUCUUUUAUAGCAACUGUAUGUUUAUCAAUAAAAUAUUUUAAUGGCAUGUCUGUGUGUU